AUGAGCCCACGUGCCCCCAAGGAGCUCAUUUGCCUCUGCCUGGAUACAUGCCCACCCUCUUCUCCGCUCCUUACUCAGUCAUUACUCAUGUGCUGCUCGAGCAAACACAUAAGGACUGAGGCUAAGGCUGAUCGCUGCAGGGAGCCGGGGCGGCCGGGGGGUCCGGGCCCGCGGGAGCCUCCGGCCCGCGAAGGCGAGGCGGUUUCGGGUCCCGACUACGAGGAGGAUGAGGAGGAGUACGAGGAGGUGGCGCCCGUCCACCAGUACAUCGUGGACGACUUGAUCCGAGUUGAACCUGUGGUUAAGCCCAAGCCAACGAAGAGGGGGAGUGAGAAGAAUGCUGGCAAAUCAAGAAGGAAGAAAAACAAAGGGAAAAACAAAAAGAGAGGGACUCCAUGUGAAAUGGAAUACAAAAACUUUUGCAUCCAUGGUGAAUGCAUAUACCUAGAACAUCUCCAAAUGGUGACCUGCAAGUGUCAUCAGGAUUUUUUUGGCGAGCGCUGUGGUGAACAGUUCAUGAAGACGCAAAGGAAGAAUGAUGUGGCAGACUACUCGAAGACUGUGUUGGUGGUGGUAGCUGUCCUACUUUCAAGCAUCAGCUUCGUUACUGUACUUAUCAUUGUGAUAGUGCAGGUCAGGAAAAAGUGUCCUCAGUAUGAAGAAAAAGAAGAAAGGAAAAAACUUCGACAAGAAAACAGAAGUGGCCAUGUUGGUGUGUAAAUGAGGAGAAAGCAGAAAAAUUCUGAUGUGGCCACUGCCAAGCUGCAGGGUACCUCUGGCUACCUGACACACCCACCUGGACACUGUGGGCUGGAGCUGUUGCCACUAAGCCCUGAUUGAUCAAGACAGAGGUUGCUGCCAGGAUAUGUCCAACAUGCCACUUGCUGCUGAAUCACUUGCUGGGGAAGACAGCUACGACUACAUCUUGGCACAAAAAUGUGCAAGGAGCUGCCACUAUGGGGUAGAGAACUUGCUAUCAAGACCUGCUAGAGGCUACUGCUACUGAGCCCUAUCUGAUCAGUGCUGGAACUCCACUUUCUGCUAUUAUGUGGAUGGAUUUUCAUCUGUUUGGAAGUCUCCUUUGGCAGCUUUAACUCCAUGGGAGAAGCACAUUCCUGUGGUUUUCAGGAAUGUGCAAGGUGGAGGGGAAGACCUUUUUGCCUUCUCCCGAAGUUAGCGACAGAGCAAGCUCUGGAUAGCUUCUCCCACUAGACCUCUGGACAAAACAAUUCUGUUCUUGCUGAGCUCCCUGUUGAUAUUGGCUUCAAAGAACUUCAUCUCUAGUUCUGACUUGCAGGGUGUUGGUGACAGAUCUUUGUCAGCCACACCUGGGUUCUGUUACUGUACAUAUGGAAAGUAGUCCCCCUGAAAUCAGUAGGACUUGCUGUGUGAAUGGAGUUAUCCAUUUGCAUGUGUGCUCACCUGACUUUAAACUAGGCUCCUCAGGAUGCUGAGGCAGUAAACAUGAAAUAAGAAGCCUUGUAUCUGAAGGAAAAUAUCCAUGCUCAAAGAAUCUGGUAAGCCAGGACAUGAGUGGUAUAGCAUCUAUCAGUUUGCUAUAAACACAAAGCUACUUCUGUUAUCCAGAUACUCCAUGUUGCUUUGAGCAGCAUUUGAAGUAAGAAUGCUUUGAAUCUGAUCAUCAGUUGAGAACUUGACCAAGAACCUGUUUCUCUGAAGAACUAAAUUCAUGUACUGAAACUCUGCAAGCGGUGGUCUGUGCUCUACUUGCUGGUGCAAAAAACUCAACUUACCUCAGACUCUUGGGACCUCAGUGUCCUUGGUUUCUUGAACUGUCCACGCAAUCUUGAGCACUGAGUAUUGAGUUAAGUUUCUUGGAAGAAUCUGUGUUCUGUUUAAACAGCAGAAUUCUUCUGUUAGCGGAGCAGCACCAUUAAGUGUCAAGUCAU